UAGAUUUUCUGACUUCACAUGCUUUCAUAAUGAUGACUACCUUUCUGUUUCUCUGUGUAGCACAUCCUUUUAAAGCAUCAUUUAUAAAUCUGGAUGAGUGGUGACAAAUUCUUUCAAUUUCUGUUUGUUAUGAAAGGUCUUUAUUUCACCUUCACUCAUAAAUGAGAGCUUUGCACGGUAUAGUAAUCUGAGUUGACAGUUUUUUUCUUCUAAGACUUAGACUACAGCUGGCCAAGCCCCGCCGGUUCCCCGGGCCUGGUGCCGCGUGGGGAGCCGGCGGGACGCACGUUCAGAGUGGAGCGGCCCGGCCCGGUCCCUGCGUGGGCAGCCCGGCAUGCUCGCCCUCGCCUGGAGUGGCGGACAGACCAGCGGGCGGCCGGGACCGGCGGCCGCCAUUCCCGUGUCGCUGCGCCCUCCGGGGCCGGCGGAGCCAGCAGCCAUGCCGCUGGGCCUGAAGCCCACCGGCAGCGUCUACAAGACCACGUCGUCCUCCAUGUGGAAGAAGGGCCCGCAGGGGGAGAUUCUCUGCCACCACUGCACGGGCCGGGGCGGCACGUCCGGCGGGGGCGCUGGCGCAGGCCGGCCGGAGCGACUGGGGGGCGGCGGUGGCGGCGGCGGCUUCCGCUCGACCACCUUAGCCAGCACGUCGGCCGCCCCUCCGCAAAGCAACGGCGGCGGGGGAGGCAAGCAGAGUAAGCAGGAAAUCCACUGGAGGUCUGCUCGGCUGAGAAACACUAAAUACAAAUCCGCUCCAGCGGCCGAAAAGAAAGUGUCCACCAAAGAAGGGAGAAGGCAUAUUUUUAAAUUGAAAAACCCCAUCAAAGCUUCCAAGUCGGUCUCCACCAUAAUUACUGCAGAGUCCAUCUUCUACAAGGGUGUGUAUUACCAAAUUGGCGACGUGGUUUCUGUGAUUGAUGAGCAAGAUGGAAAGCCCUACUAUGCUCAGAUCAGGGGUUUCAUCCAGGAGCAGUACUGCGAGAAGAGUGCGGCUCUGACGUGGCUCAUUCCCACUCUCUCCAGCCCCAGGGACCGGUUUGAUCCUGCGUCCUAUAUCAUAGGGCCAGAAGAAGAGCUCCCAAGGAAGAUGGAAUACUUGGAGUUUGUUUGUCAUGCACCUUCUGAAUAUUUCAAGUCACGGUCAUCACCUUUUCCCACGGUUCCUACCAGACCUGAGAAGGGCUGUAUAUGGACUCACGUCGGACCUACUCCUGCAAUAACUAUCAAGGAAACAGUCGCCAACCAUUUGUAGUUGGAAACUUGCAGUGGGAGGGCGCCUGGUGUAGCAGUGAAGCUGCCAGUUGGGAAGCCACAGCCCAUAUCAGAGGGCCUGGGCCCAAGGCCUGGCUCCCCUCCACAUUCCAGCUUGCUGCUAAUGUGCACCUUGGGAGGUAGCAGGUGAUGUAUCCAGCACUUAUCUCCCUGCCACCCGUGUGGGAGACCCAGGUGAAGUUCCACACUCCUGGAUGUGGCCUGGCCCAGCCCUGGCAUUGCAGGCAUUUGGAGAGAGAGCUGGCAGGUGGGAGCUCCCCGCUUUGCCUGUCUCUGUGUGUGUGUGUGUGUGUGUCUCUGUCUCUCAAUAGGAAAAAAAUAAUUAGAACUGGAUUUCCAGUUAUCUUGUACUCAUAUUAUUACAAGAUAAUGCCACAUGUUUCUUAAAUGAAAUUUUUAGCUGGAAAAAUGAGUAGGUUACAGUUUUUUUCCCUACUACCCGAUAAUCAUUAUCAUCUUCAUUGCUGGUCAUUUAAAGAAUUAAGAGGAAUAGAAAAUAAUGGACUGUAUUUGAGGUUAAAUACGACCUUCUGUAUGUGUGUUUUCACAGGCAAGGUCUGUAAAGCCCAGGGAGACCAUGGACAGCAGGUAGUUUCUAUUUUUUUCUCCAUAAUUUAUUCCUAGAAACUCAUAAAAUGGGAUUGUAUUUUUUUAUAAGAACAAAAUAUUAUGGUUUAGAUUUCUGACCAGCGUCUUGGCCACGUAAAAUGUAGCUGUGACAAAUAGUGUCUAUCAUAAAACCACGCAAGCCUUAUUUUGUGAUCUAGAAUGGAGUUUUGGCUGCUUCAGCCAUGAGUUAAGUGACUGGUGGGUGAUUUUAUUAGUCCAGUCUUUUUUAAACUUGUAUCUACUUCUGUUGCAAACAGGCACUGUCAGUCGUGUAGUGAAACCAUUUGCUGUGGACUCAGCCUGGACCGGACAGGCCUGUUGUACAGAAGUGUCCAGAAUUCAGCUGCAGGUCUUAGUUCACGUGCAGGUCAAUUAAGUAGAGGAGCAGCAGCAUGGGUAUAGUGGGAAACAGGGUGGUACACACGUGCCUCUACUAACCCAGUUUAACCAGUGUUUUUCAGUCCUGGAAAAUUGGUCAGGGUCUCAUCUGAUCAUAACAAUUUUGAGCUGAGGCACCAUUCAACUGUUAGCCUUUCUGCACUGGUUUGUUUGUAUUUUGGGAAGAAGCAACUGUAGACAGCUCUAUGUAUAUAGGUGCGUUUCUAUUCAUAACAGCUAGAGUAAAAUUGACUGUAAAUACCUUUGUAUAUAAUUUCCUAAAUGCUGUUAUUCACAUUUUUGGAUUAAAAUGUGUUUUUCACCAAGUAAAAAAAAAAAAAAGACUUAGACUAUGACUCUCCAUUCUUUCCUAACCUAUAAGUUUUCUGAUUCAAAAUCAACUGUCCAUCUAAUUGGAGAUCCUCUGAAGGCAAUAUGGCAUUUCUCUCAGAUCUUGCUGCUGCUGAGUGUGGGCACCAGAAGAUCAUGGAAAAACUCCACCUUGAGACUCCGACCCACACUGCUUGGCACCCAGUGCUUACCUCAUUGAUGAACAUGUACUCCCAUUUUGCCACUACUCAAGCUCUGUGGAGAAGUUCCACAGCCACCACAGCCUUCAGAAUGAAAUUAGAAAUGCUGAGGGGCCACUGUCAUCACCAGGCCAAAGAAUAAAGGUAAGGAGGUAAAUAAAGCCAUAGAGAUUAGAACAGAAUUCAUUUUAUCUAAGUGGAAGUCAACAUUUUGCAUUUCAGCUUUUUUAAGAUUGUCCAGUUUGGAUUU